UCAUAUACCAGCACCAUAAGAAAACGAAAUCCAACGCUUGAAAGUAAUAUCUGUUUGCUUGCAGCGGGUGAGAAAGCGAAAAGGGAGAGCAAUGGCCUCAAGACAAUUCGAGGAAGAACGAGCUGAGGCAGCGGCGAAGCUUGCCGCUAAAGAUGUGGAAGACGUGAACAGAGAAAGAGUUCGCGAGGAAGGGAAUAAUAUCAGUUCAGAAAGGAGAUUCAGGGAGGAACGUGCGGAGGCAGCCUCUAAGUUAGCCGCAAAGGACCUCGAAGAAGCCAACAGAGAGAGGCAUGAAGAAGCAGGUCAUCGAUACAGUGACCAGCAGAAGCCUGGCGUUAUAGGGUCCAUGUUAAGAGCAGUGCAAGAUACAUACGAGCACGCAAAGGAAGCUGUGGUUGGAAAGCGUCAUGAGGCUGGCGAGGAUAAAGGAGAAGUGAGAGACAUAUCAGCUGACAAGUCUCGUGGGGUUUAUGAUUCGGCGACAGGGAAGGCUAAGGAGUACAAGGAUUACGCUGCAGAGAAGGCGAAGGAGACUAAGGAUGCGACCAAGGCAAAAGCUGGAGAAUACACAGAUUACUCGGCUCAGAUGGCCCAAGAAACAAAGGAUGCAACCAAGGAAAGAGCAGGGCAUGCUGCAGAGAAAGCGAAGGACGAGACAAUGCAGAAAACAGGUGAGUACACAGACUAUGCAACCCAGAAGGCCAAGGAAGCUAUGGACACCACGAUGCAAAAAGCAGGGGAAUACAAGGAGUAUGCAUCAGAGAAAGCCAAGGAAGGUAAGGACGCUACUGUGCAGAAGGCAGGGGAGUACAAAGACUACACAGUUGAGAAAGCUAAAGAAGGGAAGGACACUACCGUGGGGAAGCUUGGGGAGUUGAAGGACUCCGCCUCGGAUGCCGCUAGAAGGGCUAUGGGUUACUUGACCGGAAAGAAAGAUGAUGCUAAGCAGAUGGCUUCGGAGACGGCGGAAUCGGCCAAGAAUAAGGCUGCUGAGACUGCGGAGGCGACCAGGCAGAAGGCUUCGGAGACUAGCGAGUCGGCUAAGCAUGUGGCUAAUGAGACGGCGGAAGCGACUAAGCAGAAGGCACAGGCAGCCAUGAAUAAGGCCGGGGAAACCAAGGAGGCGGCCAAGCAGAAGACCACAGAAGCGACGGAAACGGCUAAGAAGAAGACUGCAGAAGCCACCGAAGCAGCCAAACAGAAAGCUGCAGAGACAAGAGAGAAGACCAAGGAGAAACUGAGCGGAACAGAGGAGGAGGCAAGGCGGGAAAUGGAAGAGUUAAAGCUACAAGGAAAAGACCAUGGAGACGAAGCAAGCCGAAAGGCCAAUGAAUCCAAGCUCGAGGGUGAUCGAGAGAGGGAAGUGAGGGGGCAGAAGGUGGUGAUAGACGUGAGAGAGAGUCGGCCAGGACAGGUGGCGACGAAGCUGAAAGCAUCGGACCAGAUGGCUGGCCAGACCUUCAACGACGUGGGACACUUCGGUGAUGAAGGCGUGAGCCGCUCGGACCGCCGCGAGAAGAUGUGAUCCUGGCUGGCCAAUGCUAGUGGAUUUAUAUUUCAGUAUAUAUAUAUCUCAAUUAAUGCAAGUUGUUUGCUAUGUACUCCAGAAUGGACUCUAGAAUGGACUCUCAAGUUAAAAAUAUGAAUUCCAUGAAGUUUCUCUUU